AUGGCUGAUAUAUCAAAAGAAGGGCGUAUGCAAUUAGCACUUGAAGCCUAUAAGAAAGGUCUUUUUCCAUCAAAAACUGCAGCUGCCAAAGCUUUUGACGUGCCUCCAAGGACCUUUAUGACACGUGUUAAUGGGACUACUGCUCGCAAAGAUUCAACUGCAAAUUGUCGCAAAUUGACAGAUACUGAAGAAUCUACACUUUUAGCAUGGAUUCUUGAUAUGGACCGACGUGGUUUACCUCCACGAAUAUCAACAGUACGCUAUCUAGCGCAAUUGUUGCUUUCUGCGCGGUUAUCUUCACCUCAAGAAGCUUCUAUUGGGGAGAACUGGGUAAACCGGUUUAUCAAGCGCCAUAAAGAACUUUGCUCUAAAUACAGCCGAAAGUACGAUUAUCAGCGAGCUAAAUGCGAAGAUCCAGAGCUUAUUAAGGGCUGGUUUACACGUUUCAUGAUGCUAUUCAGAAUGAAUGCAACUGGAUGGGCCUUGCCUCCACAGAUUAUUCUUGCUGCAAAGAACCAUCAAUCCCAAUGGUAUAAGGUUGUCCCAAAGGAUUACCGAAUCAGCACCAGUGAGAAUGGCUGGACAAAUGAUGAAUUAGGCCUUGAAUGGCUUCAAGAGAUGUUUGAAAAGCAUACAGCUUCUCUCCAUCAACGUGCUUUAUCCUUAUCAAAUAUUCAAAGCGGAUUUGCAGCAACUGGCCUGGUUCCAUUAUCACCUGAAAGAGUGCUUUCGAAGCUUCAUAUCCAGUUGAAAACACCAACACCACCUUCUACAGCACAUAGCAAUCAAUCUUUUAAUGGCCCAGGCAAAACUCCAGCUAAUAUAUGUCAACUGGACCAGCAAAAGAAGCGAAUUCAACAUCUCCGCAGUCAUCAAACAGUGUCUCCUUCCACACUGGAACAGGCAGUUGAUAAGGUGAUCAAAAGCGCAGAGAUCACCAUGCAGAAUGCUAUCCUAUUGCAGCAAGAAGUUAAUCAACUUCGUGCAGCAAAUCAGCGUCUAAAAAGGAAGACGAGAGGCAUCAAGAUACUUUAUAGCAACUGGUGGUAG